AUGUCAAUAUCAAUUAUAUCACCGAAUAAACAGACGACGCAUAACGAAAAUCAUGAAUCUACAAAAAUUGAAAAAAGAUUUAUUAGUGGUCCAGUAUCAAUAUCUGAACCAUUAUUAUCACCAAAUAAAAGACAAUUUUUAAAACAAAUGAGUCCAAAUGUUACAAAGAAAUAUAAAAUAAUAUCAAAUGAAUCAAUAUCAAAACCACCAAAUUUAAAAGAAUCAAAAUUUCAAAGACCUCAAUUACCAACCUCCUUAAAACCUUUAUUAAAUAAAAGAUCAAAAACUACUUUAGCAUUACCAUCAUCAAAUAAUACAAAUAAUAAUAAUAAUAAUAAUGGAAAUAAUAAUAAUUUACCGUUUACUUUACGUAGAUCAAAUUCAUUAAUUAAUAGAUCAUCUAAUUCAGAAACUUCAAUAUCUGAUAGAUUUAUCCCAUCUCGACAUAAUUCAAUUACUGGUAAAUUAGAUUCAUCAACUCCACAACCAGCACCAAAUGCAUCACCAGAAACUCAUAUAAAAGCUCAAUCAUCAAAAAUAUAUCAACAUCAUGUAGCAGAAGCUUGUGGAUUAGAAAUGAAUUCAAGAAUUUUGUUAUAUCAACCUGCACCACCUGAAAGAAAAAAACCAAUUAAUUUAUUAUCAUCACAAUUUAAUCAACAAUCAUCAAAAUUAUCCUUGAGUAGUGGUGGUAAAAAUUCACUACCUCCUUCAAUUGCUUCUGCAAGAGCUAAAAAAAUACCAUCAGCACCAGAAAGAGUAUUAGAUGCUCCAGGUAUAGUUGAUGAUUUUUAUUUAAAUUUAUUAGCUUGGUCACUGUAUAAUCUAUUAGCAAUUGGAUUAGAAGAUGCUGUUUAUGUUUGGAAUGCAUCAACUGGUUCAGUUGGAUUGUUAUGUGAAUUACCUGAAAAAAAAUUAGUUACAUCAGUUAAAUGGUCUGAAGAUGGUUCAUAUGUUUCAAUUGGUAAAGAUGAUGGAUUAAUUGAAAUUUGGGAUAUUGAAAAAAAUAUAAAAUUAAGAACUUUAAAUUGUGAUAAUCAUUUAACAAGAAUUGCUUCUCAAUCUUGGAAUCAACAUAUUUUAACAAGUGGUAGUAGAGUUGGUAACUUAUAUCAUUCUGAUGUUAGAGUUUCUUCUCAUAUUAUAUCAAAAUUAGAAAAUUCUCAUUCUUCAGAAAUUUGUGGUAUUGAAUAUAAUAAUCAAAAACAAUUUGUUACUGGUGGUAAUGAUAAUGUUGUAAAUAUAUGGGAUAUUAGAAAUAAUCAACAACCAAUUUUUGUCAAAAAUAAUCAUAAAGCUGCUGUAAAAGCAUUAUCUUGGUGUCCUUAUCAAUCUUCGUUAUUAGCAACUGGUGGUGGUUCAACUGAUAAAACUAUUAAUUUUUGGAAUACAACUACUGGAGCAAGAGUUAAUACUAUAGAAACUGGUUCACAAAUUUCAUCAUUAAAUUGGGGUUAUGCAAUUGGAACAGGAAUGGAAAUUGUAGCAACUCAUGGAUAUCCAACAAAUAGUAUAUCAUUAUUUAGUUAUCCAACUUUACAAAAAACUGGAGAAAUUACAAAUGCUCAUGAUACAAGAAUUUUAAAUGGUUGUUUAAGUCCUGAUAAUUUAACUUUAGCAACAGUUGCAGGUGAUGAAAAUUUAAAAUUUUGGUCAUUAUUUGAUUUAAAAAAUACUCCAAAAAGAUAUUAUGAUGAAGAUAAUUUAGAUGAUUUAAAUGAUAAAGAUUCAAAUGAACCAAAAAGAAUGAAAAGAAUGAUGAAUUUGAGAUGA